CAAGGUGUUUAUGCUUUGAAGGAAGGGGAGAGGCAAGGGUAACAAUGUGAAAAAGAAAAGGGCACAGACAUGAUGUGCAAAUUGCUUCUGGAGAACCGAACAGGGAAAAGAGACUCCAAGUUGGAUCAGGGGGCUGUAGCGAGAGUGAUAUUGGUUAAACAGGGCAUCAUUGGAAGGACACUGUGUAGAGCCACUGGGCAUCAUUGGGAGGACAGUGUGGGGCGAUACCCUCAGACCGCAGAAGGAAAGUGAGAGAAGGGCAAAACACGGGAGAGUGUCUGAGGAACGCCAUGAGUACCUGUGGAGUCCACGGAGGAAAGCCGUAAGGAGUGUGGGGCCACAGCCUCCAGGGCUUUGACUGUCAUGCAAAAGUCACCAGCCAGGAGAGCCACGUGUUCCUGGCAGCGGUCUGAAGCAAAACCGAGCCUGCAUCAACGUCAUCCAGGGGCUUGCAGAACUAGGUUCUGUCUCUACCACCCCAGCCCUGCCGAGUUCCUGAUUGAGUUCUAGAUCCGGGCCGAGAAUUUGCAUCUUCGGUGCCUAAGUGAAGCCAGUGUUUGAGAACCACUUCUGGAGAGUUCCAGAAGAGAGACUAGAGAUGGAGACAGCCACAGCGGGCAGUUGGCAGCCAUGCGGGUGAAAAGUGAGGCAAGCUGGGAUCCAUGUUACUAUGGUCACAAGUGAGUGUUUUCCAACAAGAAUCCAGUUCAUGCUGUUUUCUGUUCUGCUGCCACUGCGCAGCUGAAACAAAUCUGCUUUUACGCAAUGUCAAGAUGACGUGAAAUCAGAAAAGAAUUCCUACUAAGGAUAAUAUAAUUCUGAAUUAAUUCAAAAUGAUGAGUUCAUCUGAGGAGUAGCUUCCCUUCAAAUGAUUUGAAAGGUUCUCUGGUUUAUUCUGGAACUGAACUAGUUCCAAAAAGAGAACCACACCAGGCAGGUAUAAAAGUAGAAUAUUCGUCUGAAUAUUAGAAAUUACAGAUAGAGGUACAAACUUUGAUCUCAUUAUCUUGAAUUUGAUGAGACUACUAAAGGUCAUCUGAUCAUAUCUCUUGCUGCCAGGAAAUUUUCCCUUCAGAGUCUUAUCAAGAGCUAUAGCCAUGCUGUAUAUUUUAUUUAUAAAGACCCAGAAGGUGAGACUGUUAGGAGAGGUUAUAAGUUUGAUUAGGAGCUCUGGAAUGUUCAGACAGAUGCCCAAAGGUGUAGUUUAGACAAAAACUGCAUAUUCAACAUUAAGAAAUACAAAUUCUGUUCAUUCCUACUCACUAGAGAUCUAAUAGACAUUUUCUUUUUUCUUUUCCCAGGGACUUAUCCUGUAACAAAUUAAAAUUUAUUGAACGGAGGACGUUUGAGUCACUCCCCUUUUUGACAUCUAUGUAAGUUAUAAUGUCAUCUUUGGAAUUACAAAAUCUUGGUUGCAAUUUACUCACAGAAGUGAGUUUUGGCACAUUUCAGGCAUGGCAUGGAAUGCAUUUUUUGCAUGUGAUAAAUCUUGAUCAGAAUCCAUUGACAACUGUCGAAGAUCCCUAUCUUUUUAAUUUGCCAGCAUUAAAAUAUCUAGACCUCGGAAGAACACUGGUGUCAAUCAGCACAGUUGAGAACAUCCUCAUGAAGUCUCUCGAACUGGAAAAACUGAUCUUACCGAACUCCAUGGCCUGCUGCCUCUGCCAAUUUAAAAAGGAUAUUGAGGCUGUCUGCAAGACAGUCAAGCUGCACUGUUGCAGUGAGUGUCUGACAAACACUCAAUCUUGUGUACCAGAACCAACGACGGGGAAUCCCAAAGCGGAAUUCCUGAAGAUACUGCAGGCCCGGAAGAGGAACACUAGCACGAAAUUAAUUAUUGAAACAGAGAGUUCAAAGAAACAUAAGUUUGGCAUUCUAGACUCUACAAGUGAGCGACUAGACUUAAAUGAAAAAGAUGUUAUCAGUUCACUAAAUUACGUAUUGCCUUAUUUCUCAGGCAGCAGUGUAGAAGACAUAGAGUCGGUGUUACUACCCUACAUUAAAUUGUUCUUUUCCAGUCCACAAGAAGAUAGAUCUGUGGAUCACUUGAAAACCAAAGCAAAAGACUUGUCUUUAAAAUCUACUGAACGUAAAAUGAGAAAGAUCCACUUUCUGAAAAAUUUGAUAAACUACAAAAUUCAACAAAAAAUGGAUGACAUUAAAAAAACACAAAAAGCUGCCAUGCUGAUGCAGCAGGAGACAAUCAGGAGGAGAGAGAACGCGCGCCCCCUUGUGGAGGGCACCGUGCAAGGCCGGCUGGGGAGCGCAGGAGCCAGGGAGCAGGAGGAGCUUCAUGUGGCCCAGAGGCCCUGGCACCUGGUGGCCAACUCCUUCUACCCAGAGCCCCCACUCACAGAGGAGCACAAUGCCAGGGACGCCUCUUCCCUGAAGAGGUACAUCGUGGGCAAGCCAUCUGCUGCAGCCCGUGCAAAGUCUCUCUCUGAACCGGAAAAAACAUUGAAUGAUCUCUCUCCAGUGAAACGGAGACUGAAGAUGAAAAGGAAAAAUCCCAUCAACACAUGGAGCUCUGUAAAGAGGCCUGCGUUCCUUGCCCUACAAAGUCUCAUUGAUUCCCCUCCCCAAGAGCCUUCUCCCUCUUCUGGAGACUCGAGUUCUCAGGAAUUUCCUUUUCCGAAAGCGAUGGCUCUUCCAGUACCACAUGCAGAAGAUAUUCUUGAAGCCAGCCUUGCUGCAGCAAAUAACUUAGGAAACACUGUGCCAGAAGAAUCUCCCCCUGCCAGCACAGCCCAGGGGCAUCCAUUGGCCACUGGUUCCCCUGAGAUUGCCCCCACUGAGAAAAAAAUGCAAUGGGGGAACCCUAACAUGGGCAGGGACAUCCCCUCCAUGCCUACAGGCAGUACUUACCCCUUGCAGUCAUCCCCAGGGGACCAACUGAACCAGCAGCUUCGGUCCCUCAUCCCCAAUAAUGACGUGAGAAACUUCAUUUUAAUAGUUAUCAGGACUCUGCAGAUGGACUGUGCGGACCCCCAGGUGCAGCUGUCCUGUGCCAAGCUCAUCUCCAGAACGGGCUUCCUCAUGAAGCUCCUCAGUGAGCAGCAGCAAGUGAAGGCCAAGGCAGAAUGGGACACAGACCGCUGGAAAGAAGAGGACUACAUCAGCGAGAGCCCAGGAGGCCAGACUGAUGCAGGAAUGAUCGAGCCAAGUGAGCUCAAAGAAGUCCCAAGGUACAAAAUACUCAUCAUGGCAAUAUCUGUCACUGUAGCUGUGAUAAUAUUAAUAACGGGAGCCUGUCUCGUUGGGAUUUACUCUCACAGGGCAAGAGCCAACGCCGAGGAGGAGGACAUAGGAAAAGGUCUAAGGGACCUUUACGAAGAUUCCCUCAAGGAAAGACGGGAGAAGAAGCAGGUGGGCUUCUUGGUGAGGUGGCUGCGCUGGCUGAGGGGUGAGCGCAAACCCCGCCGGGCAAUGAGCCGGAAGGAAUUAGGUAAAAAAUUAUUUAAUGAAACCUCUGACGAGGAAGCAAUCUUCGUGAGAGGGGCAAGGACCUGGGCUGUUUUGUGGCUUCACAAGUACCUGCAGUGUGCCAUGAGAAGAGAGAUAAACCUGCAGGCCUUCACCUGCAAGGUUGAAGGCCUGGGAAAGAAGACCAAGAGACUCCUUAAGAGCAGACAAGAUUACUUCAAGGGGUCCCCACAGCACCAGGAGAUGGCAGCUGUGCACAAAGCACUUAAGCACAUUGUUUGCUCAAUCUGGGGCAAGGCAUCCUGUAACAAAUCACCAACACUCUUGCUGUGCCAAUUUGGGAAAGAAAAAAAAUUUUUUUUUUUUACCACAGUAACUGGAUUUUCCAGGAAUGGAAAAAUUCCUAGCUACUCACUCUGAAUGGCAGCCUGUCUCUAUAUCCUUAUUCUGAAAACCACAGUGCUGGGUCUGGUACAAUGGCUCAAUUAGCUAAUCCUUACUUUACAAGCACUGGAUCCCAUAUGAGUGCC